AGCGGCGUCGUCUGCUCGGCUGCAGAUUCAGAACCCAGCUGUUGUGAACGUUCGAUCGAGUCGAUCGUGCUCGUUGGCUGAACUUCGCUGUCAGCGUUUUCUACACGCUAUUCAACUUUACGAAAUUACUCUGCGAAGUCCAUCAUGGUGCGUUUGGUCUUCUACCCAGUUUUCAACGACGGGGAGGACUUGUUCUCGCCUCUCAAGGCUCUGGACCAACUGAGUGACUCGGUGAUUUCGGCAGUGCGCCAAGCGGACAAGACGACGAAGCAGGCCCCGUUUGAUCGCAGUCCAAGCUGCCUCUGCCUCCGUGGUGCCUCGCCGUCAAGCUGCCGUCGCAAGCGCCACAUGAGCGAAGAAGUGCCUCGAAGCGCCGAUUCAACCUCGGACGACGACUCCAAGUUCGUCGUGAACUGCAACGUCCGCGGCUACAAGCCCGAAGAGAUCUCCGUCAAGGCGAUCGGCGACUGCGUUGAGGUGAGCGCCAAUCACGAGGAAGAGAGCGAGGACGGCUGCAGCUACGUGAAGCGCCAGUUCACCCGGCGGUUCACACUUCCCGAAGGAGUCAAGGCAGAGACUGUGACCUGCGCCCUGUCGUCUUCCGGCGUACUGGCCAUCGAGGCGCCCAAGCCGGAGGUUCCGAGUAAGAAGCCUAGGAUGAUCCCGAUCACGGUCGAGUCCUCCAAGCCAAUCGAAGCGGCGUCAGACGAGGCAAACAAGGAGUCCGCGGAGAAGCAGAAAGAAGGCACAACCGAAGCUGCGGCCGAGUCGUGAACAUUCCUGCAUUCUGUGUAUAUAUUGCCCUACCAUCAUCCUUAGGAUCACGUCUUUAUGUUCGCAAAUUGCGUUCACAUUCCGUCAUUUCAACGUCCCGUGAAUGUGGCAAUAAAUGGGUGUAUAUGUGUCCCACACAUGAACAAUUGGCACUGUUUUAU